AUGUCAACCAUAGCAUUGUUCUUCAUCCCAUUAUUUCCUAUCAUUUUUCAUUCCAUCUCUGCCGAUGAAGACGAAGGCAUAAUGCUACCACAUGAAUCGUCUAUUGCUAAUAGUGGCAAUAGCAUUUUAAAAACUAUGAAGUAUGCCAAACUUAUUAUAACUAUAUUGGGUAUUUCAAUACUUCUGGGAACGGUUGUUGUUGCCCUAUCAAUAGCAACGCUUGUGAAAGUAAACCAGAAAGGCGACGAAGUCUUAUACAACGCCGAAAAAUCCAUCAUCACUUCAAAAGCAGCUCAACCAUCCUUCGAGUCUACAUUGGCAGCAUCGAUUCGUAUUGAUGAAGUCAUGACUUACCUCAACGAAUUACAACGUAUUGCCACUGCUUCCAAUGGAACUCGAGCUGUUAAUACACCUGGAUUCAAUGCAACAUUAGACUACAUUGUCAACUAUUUAACUGCAAACACAAACUACAAGGUAAACAAAAAUUAUUUCGAUGUUAGGAAUUUUGCACUUGCAACUAAACCAAUACUUAUUUCAUCAAUAAAUGGUGUCAAAAAAUCUUAUAACUACUCGACUGAUAUCUCCACCGCUGAUUUUUAUCAUGUAAAAUUUUCCACUUCAGCCAAUUUUUCGAAUAAUAUCCAGCUUACAGCUAUACCAAAUGUUGGUUGCACCGACGAUGAUUGGCUAAAAGCCCUGCCAUCGCCAGAGGGUCGCGUGGCACUUCUCAAACGUGGAAUGUGUACCUACCGAGACAAAGCAAAAUAUGCGACUAAAUAUAAAGUAGCUGCAAUUUUAUUCUUUAAUGAUGGUAUUUCACCGGAUAGAGUUUCACCUCUGGAAGUUAAUCUUGCUCAAGAUAAUGCCAUACCUGCUCUUUUUCUAUCAUUUUCUGUUGGUCAAUCACUAGCCAAUGCAGCUCUGAACUUAUCAACAAAUGCCAAUGUGCAAUUGACUAUUGAUACAAAAGACCUGCCAAAUUUUCCCGUAGGAAAUAUUUGUGCAGAUACUCCAACAGGUGAUCCAACACAGACGAUUGUCAUUGGAAGUCAUAGUGACAGUAAAGCAGCUGGCGCCGGUAUCAAUGAUAAUGGUAGUGGUACUGCGGCGAAUCUAGCUCUUGCUGUAACUCUUGCUCGUCUUUUUCGAUCACCAACCUAUCCAAGAUAUAAAUAUCGAGUCCGUUUUUGUUGGUGGGGUGCUGAAGAAUUAGGCCUGCUUGGCUCAAAUUACCAUGCUAGAGAGGCCAAGAGCGCAAUUGUUGUUGGUGAACGCCUUUCUGAUUAUUUAGUGAAUCUCAAUUAUGAUAUGCUUGGUUCUUCUAAUUAUAUAUUUGGUAUCUAUGAUGGACGUACAGCUAAAAAUGAUACCCCGCCGAAAGCUCUUCCGGGUAGUAAUCAAGUUACAGCUUUGUUCCGAGAUUGGUUCAUUCGAAAUAAGUUACCAUGGGAUUAUACAGAUUUCAGUGGUCGAAGUGAUUAUGCUGCGUUUCUAGCAGAAGGAAUCGUCGCUGGUGGGUUAUUCUCUGGCGCUGAUGAUAUGAAAACGCAACAGGAACGUGAUCGUUAUGAUAAAAUGUUGGGUCAAGGUUUAGGAGGUAUAUCGGGAAUAACCCAUGAUCCAUGUUACCACAAAGCUUGUGAUUCAAUACAGAAUAUCAAUUUGUUCGGCUAUGAGAAGAUGGUUCAAGCAGCUGCUUAUGCUUUAGAAUUUUUAGGACGACAAGAUGAUUUAAAAGCCUGGCUCUAUCCAGCUAGGGGCACGCAUUGA